AUGGGGUCCAUUCCGAACCCGCUUGAGUUCAAGAUCCUCCGCGCCUCCGAAGAUGACUUUGUCACGCUGGCUUCUGUUGAAUCAAUCGCCAACUUUCAUAUGAUCAAAACUGAUCCUAAAGACAGUAUUGCAAGGAUCAUCUUCGGCCCACGCCCACCAAGUCAAGAGAAUUGGGAGCUCCGAGCUAAAGGGCUGGUUGAGGAGGCCAAAAAGGGUUCUGUUUUGCGAAUGUACAAAGCGGUUGUGGAGGAGGCGGAUGGAAAGCAGAAGAUCAUUGGCUGUGCUUUCUGGUUCUUUUACACUGACCCGGAGGCUCUGGAGAUUGAGGACUACGAGGAUAUCGAAUGGCCCGCCCCUACGAACGGAGCAGCCGCCAAUGAGAUUUUUGGCGGUCUGGCUGCCCUCCGGAAGAAGUAUAUGAAUGGAAAGAAGCACGCUUUUCUCCAGGUUCUCGCGACUCUACCAGAGUAUCGUGGCCGAGGAGUGGCCUCUGCCCUUCUGCGCCAAGGAAUGAACGAUGCCGCGAAAGAAGGCCUGGAUGAAUUCUAUUUGUCGGCCAGCGCGGACGGCCAUGAUCUGUAUGAAAAAUUUGGUUUCCGUGAUCUCGAGCCCUUCAAGGUCGAUCUAGAGAAAUACGGAGGGGAAAUCGAUUUGACCGAGCCAAGGCUCUCCCGGCUUGAAAUUGACAGCCGCGCGGUGCCAGGGGUGGGCGCAGCAAAAGUCUGCGUCCCCGCAGUUCCAGCCCUCCGCAGACAAUCCCUUCCAGACUUUGCUUACGGAGACAGGAGGAGAUCCAGUGGGUGCUCAGUCUCCCUGUUGCAAGCGUCGAAGCAUGAAUCUAACGAUGAGCGCGGGCCACAGGUUCAGUUACAGUCAUGCUAUACGCGCCACCGCACCAAUAGAAACAAGCAGCAGAAAGAAAAGAUCCUCUCUGAAAGCUUCAGCGGAUGGGCAGUUGAUGAAAUAUUGAAAAGGCUCGAAGGCCCGGAGAAGGAAGAAGGGUACCGGGACCCUAGAAACUGCAUUUGCAUCUGGGCCCGACCACCAGCCUCUGUUCGCAAGUUGAUCCGCGAUAUCCAAGAUGAGUUGAAGGCCGUCGCUCCAUCCAUUUGGCUCAUGCCUACGGAACGUCUUCAUAUAACGGUGUCAGAAGUCGCGCACUCUAUGACCGAACAGCAGAUCGCCGACCUUGUACACACUCUCACAUCAUCCAGCACAAUCACUCUAGAACAGAUUUCGAAAUAUCCAACCAGCCAUCAAACACGGCUGCUUAAGCCCAUGGUGAGCUUCGACUCUGCAGCACUGGCGCUCAGUUUUGUCCCCGAGGCAGGCGAGAAGCCUUACGCAUCGGGGGACAACCACUACUACUCGUAUCAUCACCUCCGACGCGAUGUGUUUGAUAUGGUUCGGCAGACUGGGAUCAAUGUAGCGUCGCGAUACGUGGUCCCAUCGGCGCAUGUCACUAUCGCUCGGUUCAUUAACCAGAACGGAUUCCUUAAAGCUGGCAGUGUGGAUCGUGAGCGAGUGAAAUUAUUCGUUGAGACAAUCGAAGACAUCAACCGGAAGCUUGAGCGUGAAUACUGGCCUCAGGAGAAUGGCUCCAUCAAGGAAGGGGGCGAAUGGGUCGUUGGGAAAGAGCAGGGCCUGCUGAUUCAAAAGGGUCAGAUUUGGUAUGGCAGAGGUGAGGACCUGCAAUAG